ACGUUCACCAAAAGGAGGGAAAAAUAUCCAAUUUUCAUCGCAAAAUUAGCUCGGGCGAGAGCAAAGGGCUGAGCUAAUUGUAGCCUAAUCCUCUGCCCUGCAGGCGUUUGCAAAGCCCUGAGCAAGAAUUCGCUUUUUUUCCUCCUCUUCUCCCUUCCCUCUGUUAUUUAGAGACGGGAUUAUUGCCUUUCUUCUCAUAACAGCCUCGGCAGUUUCAUUUAAAGGCUUUUUUUUCCCCCCCUCACACACACACACAUCCGCGCACACACAAAAUAAAUAGAAAAGCAGCAAAAGCCGAGCGAGGGGGAGCGAGCGAGAGGAGCUUUAAAAAUAAUAACAAUCACAGCAGGAUCUGCGGAGCAAAGCUAGUCAUAAAAAAGCCAAAAAGCUGAGCCCAUCCCCGCACAAACCCACCGGAGCCCAAAGCCAAAGGGGGGCUCCCGCAUCUCCGCCGUUCUCAAAGGAGGGAAGAAGCAUGUCCCGUCUGUCUCUAACACGGUCCCCGGUUUCUCCUUUGGCUGCUCAAGGAAUUCCUCUCCCAGCUCAGCUCACCAAGUCGAACGCUCCCGUGCACAUCGAUGUAGGAGGACACAUGUAUACCAGCAGCCUGGCUACCCUGACAAAGUACCCAGACUCCAGAAUAAGUCGUCUCUUUAAUGGCACAGAGCCUAUUGUCUUGGACAGUUUAAAACAACAUUAUUUCAUUGAUCGAGAUGGUGAAAUUUUCAGAUAUAUAUUAAGCUUCCUAAGGACAUCUAAGCUACUGCUCCCAGAUGACUUUAAGGACUUUAAUCUUUUAUAUGAAGAAGCAAAGUAUUACCAGCUGCAGCCAAUGAUUAAGGAACUUGAGCGAUGGAAACAAGAGAAAGAACAAAGGAAACACUUCCAGCCUUGUGACUGCUUGGUCGUAAGAGUGACUCCAGAUCUGGGGGAGAGAAUUGCAUUGAGUGGGGAGAAAGCUUUAAUAGAAGAGAUCUUCCCGGAGACCGGGGACGUCAUGUGCAACUCUGUAAAUGCAGGCUGGAACCAGGACCCUACCCACGUUAUUAGGUUUCCUUUGAACGGAUACUGCCGGUUGAAUUCAGUGCAGGUGCUCGAAAGAUUAUUUCAGAAGGGAUUUAACGUGGCGGCUUCAUGCGGUGGUGGGGUGGAUUCCUCUCAGUUCAGUGAGUACGUGCUGUGUCGUGAAGACAGACGACCACAACCUACCCCAACGAUCAGAAUAAAACAGGAGCCCCUGGACUAGACCCUACCUGUAC